AUGGGGAACCUACCCAAGCAAAGAAUUGAACCUAGUCGUCCUUUUUCUGUCUGUGGUGUCGACUUCGCGGGACCGUUAAUGAUCAAAACAAGUUUGAGGCGAAAUGCGGAUCUCAGCAAGGGGUAUAUAUGCGUGUUUAUCUGCUUCGCAACAAAAGUAGUGCACAUUGAAUUGGUUGGAGAUUUAACAAAUGCAUCGUUUAUAAGUGCAUUAAGAAGAUUUUCUGAUCGAAGAGGAAAAUGCACGGACAUUUAUUCGGACAAUGCAAAAAACUUUGUUGGAGCAAAUCGUCAACUUCAAGAGUUGAGUAACUUGAUUCAUAGCGAAGAACAUCAAUCAAAAUUUCAGAAUGUAUUAUCCGAAUCUGGUGUCCGUUGGCACUUUAUACCACCUCGCUCCCCUCAUUUUGGAGGAUUAUGGGAGUCGGCAAUAAAAUCUAUUAAACAUCAUUUAUUUCGCGCUUUAGGCAACGCAAACUUUACAUACGAAGAAUUGAAUACUAUAUUAAUACGAGUGGAGGCAUGCUUGAAUUCACGACCUUUGGUUCCUUUAUCUUCCGAUCCUUCGGAUCUCGCUCCUUUAACUCCUGCUCAUUUCUUUAUUGGUGACUCUUUAACCGCUUUACCUGAAAUUGAAGUAUCAUCAGUACCAACCAAUCGAUUAACUAGAUGGCGCAGAGUCAUACAGGUAUCCCAGCAAAUCUGGUCCCGUUGGAACCGCGAAUAUUUAACGCAACUUCAGGAACGUAAACGGUGGUCUAUCGAAAAGAGUCCAAGGAUAAAAAUAGGUUCCAUAGUUCUUAUGAAGGAUGACAAUGCCCCGCCUCUUCAGUGGAAGUUGGGCCUUGUUCAAGCUCUUCACGUGGAUGCAGAUGGUGACGGUGUUCCAAGGGUUCCUACUGUAAAGACUUAG